AUGGCAGCUUCGCACAGCUGGAGUAGCAGACCGAAUGCUCUGGCUCUGCAUGGCCGGCCUCCCAUCCCACAGCAACCAUUGCCGACAACUUUCUACCUUCCUGGCCAACGAGCAGCGUAUCCAGUUCAACGGCCACAUGUGCAUAUAGGUCCAGCUGUUCCGGGAGAUGCGUUGAGCACACAGGUGGGAGCGGAAGUAGAGAGCAAGUUCGGCUUCAUUUUCCGGAAGUUGGGCUUGAUGGUGCAGGCAAACAAAACGAUGCUGCGUAUAAAUGGACGUUGGAAUUUUGCUCCAGAAUAUGAGGUCUUUUUUGAACAAAGACGUGUCAUCGCAGCAGCACUCAGGGAAUAUCCAGAAGCACCUGAAGAUCUGCUCAGACAGCAUGCCGAAAACAUCGACAAUGCACUUGGGGCUGGUCAGUUCACGGACAGCCUCCUUGUGGUGGCACGUGGCGCCCGAAGCAUGAGCCAAGAUGCAGCACGAGCUGUCCAAACCUGCUGGCCGCCAGUGCCUUCAGGAAGUGUGCUCCUUGAGAUUGACUUUGUUAUCGGCCCUACUCAGCAGGUAGACGAAGAUGCUGCUGAUUUGAAUAUUCCCGUUCCUGUCAUGACACUGACUGGUCAGCAAAUCCCUGAGGGACAAAAGUGGUCAACCAUCGCCAGCAACUGCCAGAACGGAGCCUUUGUGGAAGUCACAUCCCAAAGCUGGGAGAAACAUGGUAAGUUGCGAAGCCACAGCUUGCAGUGGUUGCAUGAAGCCCGCCAACAAUUCUUUCCUCAGGGACACACCAUGUAUUUCUACGAUGGUUCAAUGCAGCAUUUUGGUGCAGUAGGCGGCCUUCACUGCUAUUGGUUCCAAAAGAGCUGCCUGCUUCAAGUCAAAGAGUUGCUCUUGGAGGAGCAGUUGCGCAAGGUGAAUGCUGAAAAGAGCGCUUUGAUGGCUCACAGCUCUGCAGGCACGACCUCCACGUCAUCCGUCGUCUGGGUGCGGCAGCUGAUCCGCCAGGAUCAGACGGUCACGGAAAAGCUGAGGCCCAAGGAGGAUGGCAAGGAGUUUGAGUCAGUCAAUGCGUUCCAAGUGAAAGGAGCCUUGGCCAACGUGGAUGACCUGAAGGAAGCAAUUGAAAAGAAGGAGAAGCUCACCAUCGCAGCAUCCAAUAUUGAUGUAUACAGUCUGAAGGACAAGGCCUGGGUGAAGGAAGAAAAGAUGUCAGCAAGUCUGCGCGACACAACUGAGGCUGAUUGCUAUGGGUUCGUGCUGCCACCAGCGGACAAUGUAUAA